GGCACUGAAGAAGUUGAGGCUAGGACUAAAGGUCCAGAAGUUAAUAGACCCUAUAGUCAGUGUUCUCGCAGUCAACCGCACAAUGCGCGUUGAGGACUAUGUAGAGGGAGUCCAGGCGUACUUUCGCCUAGAGAAGGAUGGGAAGGUGGAGAAAGUUCUCCAUUCCCUGACUCUCCUCGUACAAGAUGACCUUCCUUUCGAUGUAGUGUUAGGAAUAGAUUGGGGAGAGGCCGCGGGGGCCACACGCCAUCUGAGAGAGCAUGAGUGUAGGCUCCCUAGUCCGUCAGGCGAAGUGAAGACUGCUCGCCUAUUCCAUGCGUCCGGUGUAGAUAACACCUUGGCGCAUUGCUGUCUCAGUGCUCCCGCGUUCGCGCGAUUAGUAAGAAAGGAGCAGUUAGAGGAACAGGUCUUUGUGCUGUAUGUUAGACCUGUCACUGAGGGCCAGAAGAAGGAUAUCUCCACAGACCCAACAAUUGCCAAGCUGUUGGAGGAGUUCAAAGAUUUGACUGAGUUGCCGACAGGAGUAGUGCCGCGACCCAUCCAACAUAGGAUAGAGAUAGAUCCUGGCAGUAGAACACCUAAGGGUGCAGUCUACAGGAUGUCCCCUAGAGAGUUAGAGGAGCUUCGCAAGCAGUUAGACGAACUCCUUGAGAAAGGGUGGAUCAGGCCCAAUUCUGAGCAGGUCACUCUUACUGUGUCCUCAUUCCCCAUUUCUCUGUUGAGACCGGUUGCUCUGGGAGUGGCUGAUCUGUACUCAAGUACAUUCCAGCAUGAUAUGAAUCGGAUCUUCCAUGACCAUUUAGAUAAGUUUGUCGUAGUCUAUCUAGACGACAUUCUGAUCUUUAGUAAGUCUGCCGAGGAGCGCGCACAACAUGUUGAGACAGUACUCUCACUCCUGCAACAGCACAAGUAUAAGGUUAACUUAGAGAAGUGCGAGUUUGGCCGCACUAAGAUACUAUACUUGGGUCAUGAAGUAUCCGCGGAGAGAAUCAGGCCGGAAGAUGCGAAGGUGGCUAGUAUUCGAGACUGGCCACGACCUCAGACAGUCACUGAGGUCAGAUCAUUCUUAGGAAUGUGCGGCUACUANAGGCCGGAAGAUGCGAAGGUGGCUAGUAUUCGAGACUGGCCACGACCUCAGACAGUCACUGAGGUCAGAUCAUUCUUAGGAAUGUGCGGCUACUAUAGGAACUUCAUAAAGAACUAUUCUACAUUCGCCUCUCCUUUGACUGAUCUAACUCGACUUGACACACCGUGGGACUGGAGUGAUGAGUGCGAGGGUGCUUUCAAGAGAUUGAAGCAUGCACUCAUGAAUCAUGAAGUUCUCAUGGUUCCCGAUCCGCAAAAGCCAUUCAUAGUGACCACUGACGCAAGCCAAUACGCCAUUGGCGCAGUGCUGGCUCAGCAGGAUGGGAAAAAGUUGAGACCGAUUGAGUACAUGAGUAAGAAGAUGCCAUCGAAGAAGUUGGCUUCAACGUCGUUGAAGAUACUCGUAGUGAAAGUCCACCUACGAAAGGGAACUCUAUGCUCUCUACAAGGCACUUGUCCAUUGGAGACACUUCCUUUUGGAAAGCGGGACAAGCCACGAACUCAAGCACCGCUUGGGUUAUUGAAGCCGUUACCUAUUCCUGAUGGUCCUGGAUUGAGUGUUUCCACGGAUUUCAUGGACACUCUUGUGACCAGCAAGAGUGGGAAUCAUCUCGAAGCCAACGGACAAGCCGAACAAAUGAAUAGAGUUGUACAGCACUUGUUGAGGCAUUACAUCAAGCCCACCCAGGAUGACUGGGAUGAGAAGUUACCUCUCAUCGCCAGCCUGUACAACAAUGCUAUACAUAGGAGUACCGGCUUAAGUCCUAACCAGCUGCACUUAGGAUGGAAGCCUAGAUCGGCAUUAGACUUCCUCCUACCUGAAAACCGACCCGCUGCAACUCCAGGCACACUUGAAUACGAUGUGCAAUAUGAGAAGUUGCUGCAAGAGGCUGUUGAACAUAUGAAGAAGGCUCAACAAGCAAUGAUUGCUUCUGAGAAUCAACAUUGCAGGCAGUCCACAUUUCAGGUAGGGGAACGUGUCUGGGUCAAGGCUAGUGAGUUAGGACAGGAAUUCGGAAUACCUCGCAAACUAAUGCCUCAGUACUUCGGUCCCUGGGAAGUCUUGGAUGUAGUGGGAGAUGAAAUGGAUGGUCCUUCGUACGUCAUUCGUGUCCCUGGUCAUCUACGCACUCACCCAGUCUUUCAUGCCUCAAAGCUUGCACCUUUCGCUGAGACUGAUCAACUCCCUUCCAGGAGAUCGAUGCUGCCCCCAACCAUGGAUGGACAAGUCGACAUCGACGACAUUGUGGAUCACAGGGAUAUGCCUGUUCCGAAGCCGCUGGGUCGAGGAAGACCUCCUAAACCCAAGAGGGAGUACCGGAUCAGAUUCAGGCAUCAUACGGAUCCUAAAGAAGAUCGGUGGUUUACCCGGGAGGAACUGAUGGAAACAACUCCUCAGGUGGUGGCAGAUUAUGAACGGAAGCUAAAAGGGAAGGCACCUGCGAAACUCGAUUUCAUGCAGAACUCUUUGGACCAGAUCUUGGACCUUUUGCAAAGGCCAGGAUUCCGGCCAGCAGCACAGUCGCCGUUGCCGUUAACGGCGAUGUCAGGCCCCUUUCCGGUACAAGCUGGCACACAGGCAAGUGAGAAUCUCAGGAACUUACUACCCAGCGAGGCUCGCCUCGAGUAUCAUUCGUUUGAGACACUAUCUAGAAAAGCCUUAGACUUAGAGGCUACUCUAGGAAGUGCUCAACCUACUCCAGUAGACACGAGGAAGAAGAAGAGUCCACAGGAAUGGAAGAAGAAGGGGAGCAAGCUGGUGAUGGUUGAGUCCGAUGGGACUCAAACUGAGAUCGAAGAGCUCACAUACCUGUUGGACUAUUCAGAGUACGACGGCGAGGAAAUCGUUGAGGGUAGCACCCUCGCCGCAGUAGUUAAGGCUAAGGCUGGUGGCCGAGGGAAGGGCCAUCAAAAGAGUCAAGGGCAGGCCGCCUCCAAUCAAGCCAAAGUAGCAGAUUGGGUCAAGGCAGGUCUUGAUCAAGAAGUGUGGCAGGUGCAAGAACGCAAAGACAUCGGCUCCAUGCGGAAUUACAUAAGUCGCGACUGCUUGGAAAGGCUGCACCUACAGAACCGGGUACAGCACCUUAGUAGACCUAUAGCAUCUACUUUGGCCAAUAAGGAGCGCAUAAUUGUCACAGACUAUAUCAAGGAUGUAGUCUGUACCUUCUCCUAUGGAGGAGGGGAACUUAAUCACAAGAUUUCGUUCCUGGUUAGCGACGACUUACCGUUUGAUAUACUGUUAGGAAUGUACUACCUUGAGGUUGCCAAGCCCCAGUUUGACUGGGACAAGAAGGUGCUAAAACAUAAGUUGCCUGAUGGAAGAACAGUGAGGCUGACUAAGUUUAAAGCCAGUAGUAUAAUUGAUACGUAUGGCUGCUUGUGUGCAUCAGCGUUCUAUAAUUACUAUAAACAGAACCAAGAGGAGGGUAUGUACCUAGUGUAUGUCUCUGAGAAAGAGGCGGCCGUUAAAACACCCCCAGAGAUAGAACACGUUGUUGCUAAGCUCCCUGAUCUGUUCACGGAGCCCACAGGAGUCGUUGAUAGGGAAGUUGUCCAUGCCAUAGAAAUCAUUCCAGGGAGUAAAACCUCAAAGGGAAGGAUCUAUAGGAUGGCUCCGGCUGAGUUGGAUGAACUUCGACAACUGAAAGAGCUGACAGAGAAGGGAUGGAUCCGGCCGAGUACUUCCCCCUAUGGAUCUUCAGUGCUAUUUGUACCAAAGAAGGGGGGUACCUUGAGGAUGUGCAUUGAUUAUAGAGGCCUCAAUGCCAUCACAGUGAAAAAUGCAGAGCCUCUACCCCACGUAGACGACCUAUUGGAUAGGGUGCAGGGAUGUAAGUACUAUAGCAAGAUAGACUUAAAAUCCGACUACCAUCAGAUCGCAAUAAGACCUGAGGAUCAACACAAGACUGCUUUUCAGACCAGAUAUGGUCUCUACGAGUUUGUAGUGAUGCCCUUUGGCCUUUGCAAUGCGCCGGGUACAUUCCAGCAUGCUAUGAAUAGAAUCUUCCAUGACCACUUAGAUAAGUUUGUCGUUGUCUAUCUCGACGAUAUUCUUAUCUUUCGUAAGUUUGUCGAGGAGCAUGCACAACACGUUGAGACUGUACUUUCACUCCUGCGACAGCACAAGUAUAAGGUCAACCUAGAGAAAUGUGAGUUUGGACUCACUAAGAUCUUAUACUUGGGUCAUGACGUAUCCACGGAAGGUAUUAGGCCGGAAGAUGCGAAGGUGGCUAGUAUCAGGGACUGGCCACGACCUCAGACUGUUACUGAGGUCAGAUCUUUCUUAGGAAUGUGCGGCUACUAUAGGAACUUCGUAAAGAACUAUUCUACAGUCGCCUCUCCUUUGACUGAUCUAACUCGACUUGACACGCCGUGGGACUGGAGUGAUGAGUGCGAGGCUGCUUUCAAACGAUUGAAGCAUGCACUCAUGAAUCAUGAGGAUGGGAAAAAGUUGAGACCGAUUGAGUAUAUGAGGAAAAAGGUGCCAUCAAAGAAACCGACAAAGUCCACCUAUGAAAGAGAACGCUAUGCUCUUUACAAAGCACUUGUUCAUUGGAGGCACUUCCUAUUGGGACGGUUUUUCUACUUGAGAACCGACCAUCAGACCCUCAAAUGGAUCAAGACUCAACCGGCUCUUUCUGAUGCACUCAAGCGUUGGAUUGAGGUCAUAGAUCAGUAUGACUUCAAGCUAGACUAUCUGAAGGGAGAGUACAACAAGGUUAUAGAUGCGUUGUCACGUAGAGCAGACUACCUAGGGGCGCUAGUUUGUGAGUUUGGUGUAUCUGAGGAACUAACUCAAUCGCUGGUGGGAGCCUAUCAGGAAGACCCUGUCACGAUGGACAUCAUACGCAAACUUCAGGCGAAAGACAAGGCCACAGAAGAUGAGUUUGUGAUGGUGGACGGGUUUCUCUUUCUUGAUAAGGCCGGUUGUAAAAGAUUAGUGAAUCCAUCUAGUGAAGGUUUGCGUAGUUUGUUUCUAGGAGAAUGUCAUGACGCAACCGGACACUUUGCUUACAAAAAGACGAGUGCUAAUCUAGUACAACGAUUUUGGUGGCCUGGAAUGCUAGGAGAUGCAAAGAAAUAUGUGGAGACCUGUCAGAUCUGUCAGCGGGACAAGCCGCGAACUCAAGCACCGCUUGGGUUGCUAAGGCCCUUGCCUAUCCCCGCUGGUCCAGGACAGCGUGUUUCCAUGGACUUCAUGGACACCCUGGUGACUAGUAAGAGUGGCAAGAGACACAUUUUUGUCAUCAUUGAUCGAUUCACCAAAUACGCUAGACUAAUUGCCAUGCCAGAGACCGCACGGACUGACCACGUCAUCAAGUUGUUCAUGGACAACUGGGUGCGUGAUUUUGGUUUACCAAAGUCAAUCGUCAGUGACAGAGAUGUCCGCUUCACAAGUGAGCUGCGGAAGAAGACUGCUGAGCAGAUGGGCAGUCAACUUCAAAUGACUUCAGGGAAUCAUCCCGAAGCCAACGGACAGGCCGAGCAGAUGAACAGAGUUGUACAACAUCUGCUGAGGCAUUACAUCAAGCCCAGCCAGGAUAACUGGGAUGAGAAGUUGCCUCUCAUCGCCAGCCUGUACAACAACGCUGUACACAGCAGUACCGGCGUUUGUCCUAACCAACUGCACUUGGGAUGGAAGCCUAGAUCAGCUCUGGACUUCCUCCUACUUGAAAACCGACCCUCUGCAACUCCAGGCACACUUGAAUAUGGUGUGCAGUAUGAGAAGUUGCCGCAGCCAGCUGUCGAGCACAUCAAGAAAGCUCAACAAACAAUGAUUGCUUCUGAGAACAAAUAUCGUCGACAAUCCUUUUUCAGCUAUACGGUGAUGAAUUUCAAUGAUUUCGCAUCAGGAAUGACACUUGUGUUUGAUCUCUGCCUGAUGAGCAAUUGGGUGGGUUACAUGGAGAACUUGCUGCAGGAUCUUGUUCAUUUGCUCACUCUGACCGUUAGUUUCUGGAUGACGGCCAGACGACAUUAACAACUUGGAUCCAUAGACCUUAAUCAGUUCUUGCCAGUUUUGACUUGUAAAGCGGCCAUCUCUAUCGCUGACUAUAUGGGACUCCAUGCUCACGAUCCCAGAAAUAAAAAAACUUAUGAAUAACUAACUCAGUACGUGCCUCUUCAGGCAAGGGAACAAAGACAGCAUACUUAC